UUAGAUGAUCUCUAUAUCUCUUUUUUUUAGAUGAAAUGGACAUGGAUUCGAACACAAAUGGGGUGUGUUUUUGUGCAGCAACGGUUCAUGAACGUAAGUGUGUAUCAUUUGUAAUCUUUUCAUGUACUGUACAUGAUUGAUUAAAAAAUAAUUAAUUAAAAAUUCUUAUAAAAUAAAAAAAUACAACUUUAAAACGUUUACUUAUUAUUCAUUUGUCUUUUUACGGAGAAGAUUUGUUUUCCCUGUAAAAAAAACUUCAAUUUUUGCCUACUGGUGUAUUUAGAAGUCCAAGAUGUCUAAUUCGAAGCGAUAUGGAAAAAACUUCUAGCAUUUCUGUAUAUAAAUUCAAAUUUUGGUUUGGAAGAAUUUGCCGCAGAUCCUGAAAGAGAGAAUAUCUGGGAAAUUUAUUAUAUGAAUUAAUAAAGCGAAUUUGGAUUUAAAAAUUUGAUAAAAACUACCAAACAUUUGUCUUCUGUGAUAAUUAGAUUCUACUAGAACAAGUGUUACAACAGCAAGAGUGUACUUUUUCCUUUAAAAGAAUGAAACUUAUCAUUUAAGCUAUUGCGAUAUUAAAAUGUUGUAAAGGUGUGCUGCUACAAUAGAUAGUUAAAUAUUACACAAUCCACAUGUUAUGAGAUAUUAAGUAUUUUUAUGUAGAAAUGGUUGCGUUGAAAUCAGUGGAAACAAAGAAAAUUGUUCUCAGCCUGUUUCCUGAAUUUGGAAGUACUCCGGUAACAGAUGUUUUACUAAAGGAAGCUCUGCAUAGCUCUGUAAAUGACGAAGUCAUAUACACCUAUUUGUGUAUUCUUUCCCGGCAAAGUAAACAUAAGAGUGUAAAGAUUAUUACUCCAGGCGAGAUGUCUCUGAUUUUUGAUGAACCAGCGUCAAAAAUGAAACAGCGUGAUAUAACAAAAUACGAUCAAAUUAUUGGUUGUCGUUGUUCAGGAUACCACUGGACGCUUUCGGUUGUUAUUCCAUCUGCUUCAACCAUAAUUUACUUCAACCCACUCGGUGAAUUACCUGAAGAAAUUGUAAAUGUUGAACAGCAAUGGAAUUCUUAUCUUGCGGCGAAAUAUCAAAUAGAAGAUAACUUUAACGUGGAAAUUGUGCCACAUGCACGACAGAAAGAUAGCAUUUCAUGUGGUGUAUACUGUUUGAAAUUUGCAGAGUGCCUUAUUUUGGAAAAACAAGAGGUGCCAAUAACUUUAACAACAUCAAGCGUUACAACCUACAGAGAGGAAAUUGUUAAAAAAUUGCUUGAAGAGGGAGGUCAAGAACGAUGGUGCAAUAGCGUAUGUCGAGUAUGUGGAAAGGCAGAGGGUCCUAAAGUACAAGGAAAACCAACUGAUGCGUGGGUUUGCUGCGAUACUUGCUUACCAGCCAGGUGGUAUCAUCAGCAGUGUUUACACAAGUCGUUAAGAAAAUCGUACAGUAAUUUCCCAUUUAAUUGUGAUAUGCUGCAAGUCGCUCCUCCGGAAUUUAAUAAGAAGUUGUGGACUGUACAAAAAAAUGAAAAAGUGGAGGUACUUGUCAUAAAAGACGAAGAUAUUAAUGUACGUCUUUUUGUAAGGUUUAUCUAAAAAUAGAUAUGCAUCUGCCUGCUUUGUUCUUGCGUGUCAAAUCAAAGUUAAAGGGAACCUUACAAUGAACG